UGCCCUAGUUGGUGAUGCCCCGCCUCUGGCUUAAACCUGGCACCCUGCUAAAACAAACGAAAGCCAGCAGCACCAAGCUCAGCCCAGCUCAACUCAGCUCCCACUCAAUGCAAUUAAGGCGGACUUCAGGCGACUCUCCUACCUACGUGUUCAUCUAGCAAGGAUCGACGUUGAGACAACAGGAACCAGAGAGAAAGAGGGGCUUUGGUCCAACAAAAAAAACAGGAGAGAUUGCCUAGCCUUCUAAUUUCUCCCCUCUCCAACAGCCCAAGAACAAUGUCGAUGAGCCCUAGGCAUACGACUCCUUUUUCUGUUUCCGAUAUCUUGAGUCCUCUUGAGGAGAGCUACAAGAAAGUAAGUAUGGAGAAUAACAACUUGGGGUCACCUCUCGCGUCGUACCGGCAGCCGCAGGUGUCUCAGGCGAUGAUGCAGCAGCACCACAUGGGCCAUAACGGGACGGUGUCCGCGGCAUACCAUAUGACUGCGACGGGGGUGUCCCAGCUGUCACACACCGCAAUGGGGGGCUACUGUAACGGCAACCUGGGGAACAUGAGCGACCUGACGCCCUACCAGGACGGCAUGAGAGGCAGCGCCACGGCCGCUGGCUGGUACGGAGCCAACACAGACCCGCGAUUCUCCACGAUCUCGCGCUUCAUGGGCUCUUCUUCGGGAAUGAACAUGGGCAGUAUGGGCAGCCUUGGCUCGCUAGUAGACGUGGGGAAAGGCAUGGGCCCGCUCUCGAGCACCCCGAGAAGGAAGAGGCGCGUGCUGUUCUCUCAGGCUCAGGUCUACGAGCUCGAGCGGCGAUUCAAACAACAGAAGUACCUAUCGGCGCCUGAGAGAGAACACCUGGCGAGCAUGAUCCACCUCACCCCGACCCAGGUGAAAAUCUGGUUUCAGAACCACCGAUAUAAAAUGAAGAGGCAAGCGAAGGACAAAGUGUCGCAGCAGCAGAUGCAACAGGACAGUAGUUCCUGUCAGCAGCAUUCCCCUCGGCGGGUGGCUGUGCCUGUGUUAGUGAAAGACGGCAAGCCAUGCCAAGGCAGUGCACACACUCCCACCUCUACGGUCCAGGCCCACCACCAACAAGGUGCCAAUGGUAUGAUCAUGUCCAGUAACGGUUCAGGCCUAGGUCAGCACCAGAGCCAACAGGUGGGUAGUGCAGAUCACUCACCAGACCUAGCACAACACUCCGCCAGCCCACCGUCUCUCCAGACCCAGGUAGCCGGCCUCUCUCACCUGAACUCCUCCAGCGCGGAGUACGGGACGGCCCUGCAGUGCUCUGCUCUGUUAUAUGGCAGGACAUGGUGAUCUGUUAUAUGGCAGGACAUGGUGAUCUGUUAUGCCGCAGGACAUGGUGAUCUGUUAUGCCGCAGGACAUGGUGAUCUGUUAUGCCGCAGGACAUGGUGAUCUGUUAUGCCGCAGGACAUGGUGAUCUGUUAUACGGCAGGACAUGAUGAUCUGUUAUACGGCAGGACAUGGUGAUCUGUUAUAUGGCAGGACAUGGUGACAGCCAGACAAACUAUGAUCACAAACACACAUACAACACUGCUCUCAAAGCUUUUUCAGCAAAGUCACUCUACAGACACGCAAACAAACAAAUUGUACGUUGUGUACAUUUUGAACAACACCAUUUGGUGAAUUUUAGUUCAUGCUCUUCUAAAAUGUAAUUGGAUAUGAGGACAGUAAGUGGAGACGAAAGAAACUCGACAGAUGAAGUUAUGAGGAUAUGCGAGUUCAAUCUUCGCGUUGAAGGUGGAUUUCUGUAAAUUAUACUGAAGCUAUACAGGGCUAGUCCUACAUCAAGAGGUCAUAGGCCCUACUCCUGUGUGUUGGUCAUUGGGCUAACGUUCUCAAUAGAAAAACUGUGGGUGCUUUUAAAUUUUUUUCACAGAAGGCUCUGGUUUAUAAUAGAAUUUAAUGUAAAACGUAGCUUGUAUAUUUCUGUAAAAGGUUUGAAUUGAAUAUAUAGUUUUUAGCAAUCUGUUGUACAAAGUUUUUAGCGCUAUUAAUGGUUUGUGGUUGGUUCUUUGAGUUCCAUCGGUAUUUGUACGUUUUAUUUACUUGUAACUUAUAUAGAUAGAUAUUACUUAAAUACAGCCAAACAAUCCUAUUAAUAAAUUAUGGUAAUAAAAUUCAUUCAGAUCCAUUUAUUGAAAUUGUUUUGUAUACUGUUUCAGAGAAUACAUAGGCCUACGAGAAACCUUGUCAAAUUAUUUUCAGAAAACGAAUAGGCCUUUACCUGUAGAAAAAAUACUAUUAUAAUAAUAAUUAAAUAAUACUAUUAUUAUUAUUGUAGUAGUAAUAAUAAAUAUGAUUAUUCUAAUUAUAAUAAAUCAUGAUCUUGUCUAUAGUCCACUUUAGCUUGUCAAUUCAGUAAGUCUCAAUUUAGACCGAAAUCAUUUUUUGCUGUCUUAUUAUGUUAACUGCACACAAUAAUGGAUUUUAAGCAAUGCACGACUAAUGAAAACCUGUUUUUGACCAGGUGUGAUCGAAAUCGUUGUUACUAAGUGUUGCAGUGUAGGUAGGCUAAAUUGCUAUUAGCCUAAUGCUAACUUUUGCUUGAAAGAGCUUAACCCCAAUUCCAGGCUCUUUGGUCACGUUUAUUAUAGCUACAAUCAACGGUUGUCAGUAGAUGUGGUUCGUGGUACUCUGUGGCCGUUCCUACAAAACGCGGCGCCUCACAAAUCGUGUAUUGUGUACACACUAUCUCACUUGGAUCACGCUGGGUAAACUCAGGCCAGGUCUUUGUGUGCACUCGGCGUCCCUUAGGUUGCUAGCGUUCUUACGUUCUCUGCCUGUUUCUGGUUUGGGUGAGUCAUUUAGGUGAGGGUCUAGAAGCGUUCUUUUUAACACUGGAGAUCAAACACGCGCUGACUAAAAGAACGUCUUAUCGACCAAAUCCCUUGCCAAACAACAGUAACUUCUCAAAUAACUUCACAAGACAAAUCGUCGUCUCUUAUCAGAGGUAAGCAUUGUAAGGUCUACACCUGUUGUAUUCGGCGCAUGUGACAAAUAACAUUUGAUUUGAGCAUACGUUUAUCAAUCGAUAAACCAACUGGGGUUGAAAUGAAAAUAGCGUGCAGUCUUUCAUUUUAGAAGUUUAAUGUAAUUUGCUUAUAUCAAGUGGGAUGACACGGCCCUGGCUCGUCAAGUUAUCAUUUGCAUGCGGUGGAGAAGAGAUUUUGUGUUUUUUAAUUGAUUCGAGAAUGUUUUAACAUAUAAAUGGUAAAUUUCAAAUGAAUUGUGUGGGACGGGCCCAUAGGCCCAUUGUGUGGGACGAACUCUGUUCUUGUAAUUUAGUUGUAAUGUAAAGGACUUGCAACUAUUUUGAUAGUAUGAUAUUAUACACUGAGUAUACAAAACAUCAAGAACACCUGCUCUUUCCAUGACAUAGACUGACCAGGUGAAAGCUAUUGAUUUUCGUAUUGAUGUUAACGAUAUUUAAGCCUUGACACAAUUGAGACAUGUAAUUAUGUACGUGUGCCAUUCAGAGGAUAUAUGGGCAAGACAAACGAUUUAAGUGCCUUUGAACGGGGUAUGGUGCCAGGCUCACCGGUUUGUGUCAAGAACUGCAACGAUGCUCGGUUUUUCACGCUCAAAAGUUUCCCGUAUGUAUCAAGAAUGGUCCACCGCCCAAAGGGCAUCCAGCCAACUUGACACAACCGUGGGACGUAUUGAAGUCAACAGACCAGCAUGCAUGUAGAACGCUUUCCACACCUUGUUCAUGCCCCGACGAAUUGAAUUGUUCUGAGGGCAAAAGGGGGGUGCAACUUAAUAUCAGGAAGGUGUUCCUAAUGUUUGGUAUACUCAGUGUAUAUUGUUAUAUUUUAAUAAUUAUAUUAUAAUAUUUAUUAUUAUGUUACUGUGAUAUUAUGGGAAUUGCCAAUAUUUUGUAGUCUUUAUGAUUAGGCAAUAUAUGAAUAGCCAUACGUGCUCCUUCCUAAGUCUGCAAAACAUAAGCUAUUGAACAACAACCAAAAGGGCUCUCAAAAUACUUUAGUCUUUACUGCACCAGGCCCCUAAACUGUAAUUAUUUCAGUAGGAAUAUGACGCAAACGGCUACUCAUUCGUGGUCUUUAUUUUAUGCAUUAGGCCCACUUUAGACAUUAUAUUUACGUUAUGAUAUUUCACAUAUUUGUGACAGAAAUUUAGUCCAAGGCUCCAUGUUCAUAUACUGUGCAUUUGACCUAAAAGGAAUAUUAAACCUAAUAUUUUCA